AUGGAGGUAGACGAAGAACCGAGAAUGGAAAUGCGAGAGCUAGAAUUGAGGAACCGAACAGUAUAUGUUCCAUUCGUAGCCUCGCAAAGAGCAGCAACUAAUGCAGUACCCGCUGCUUUUCGAGCUGCCGACAUCGAUGCACUGCCGAAUCAUUUCAAAAAAGAAGUGGUUCAAUCUUCUCAGGACGCCUAUAGAGUGGUGGCAGAGGAUGGCUACUCCUAUUUCGGUAAUCAUUUAUUUUAUCAAAGUGAAGAGUUGGAGAAAUUGUCUGUAAAAAAUGAGUUCGUCAAAAUACUGAAGCCAGUUAAAAUUUCAGCAUGCUGCAUGUGUGAUAAGCGCUUCAGUUCGCUCAAAGGGUGGCGAAUACACGCUUCAAAGAUACACAGGAAAAAUGGCUUCUGUUCAAGUUGUGGCCAUUUUUUGGCCUUGCCAUCAAUAUUCACCCCUUCUCAGAUGGAAGCAGCGGUUGAGGUACACGUCCUCGAUUGGUGCCCGCGGGCUCGAGCGCCUAUCAUGAACGAGAGAAAACAUAAACGACGUCGAUUGGAGAUGAUAGGGAAGAACGAAUAUGCUAGGCAAUUAUUCGUGCCAGGUUCAUAA